AUGUCAUACCCUCAACAUUCCGCGCAGAGGCCGCCGCCUUUGCGACAAUAUAACAAUCCCGCUCCUCCCAUGACAUCGCCAGGAGGAUAUUCGCAAGAUGGCUCCCACGCAGGAUACAGUGAUGGUAGCAUGAGUAGCUAUAACUACCAGCAGACAGAUCCCGGCUACGACGAUGCGGCAUACAGUUACCAGUCCAGCUCCCCCGGUUCGCAACCGUAUGCUACACAGUCUCAGCCACGCUCGAUGCGCCCACCUGGUCCACCAGGCCCGGGAAAUGGACGACCCCCAGGCCCUGGAUACGAUGAUCGACGUGGCUAUCCUCCUGGCGGAAGACCACCGCAAUCACGCUCAAGAACACCUGGUGCGCGCCCACCCCCAGGGGGUUCCUUCGACAAUCCCUUUCCCUCCUUUCCUAAUCGAGACCCAAGAGACCAGAGGGCGCCCAGAGAUCCGCGAGACCCUAGAGGCCAACGAGACCCAAGGGAUCGGCGCGGACCACCACCGCGAGGUCUAGAGAACGAUAUGGCUGCAAUGGACAUCAAUGCCCGAGGCCCGCCUAGACCGCACACCUCUAACUCAAAUGGAAGACGUCCGGAUAUGCGACAGCCGCCUCCACGAGGACCUCCCCCCGGGCGGGGCCGAGGUGGCUACCCAACGGGCCCGGUGCGAGCUGCCAGCUCAGGCAGACCAGAUCGACGGGAGAGAGACUAUCCAGAAUCCAUGGGGCCCUCUAUGCCUCCACCACCAAGAAGCGCAACGAUGCCACUCGCUCCAGGCGCACCACUCUACCCAGGCCAAUCUACCUACCAAGAAACAGAAUACCCAGAACCUCCUAUGCGUCCUGAUACUGCUGGAAGCAUGCGAACCCCACGAUCUCGUGCCCCCAACGAUAUAGACCCAGGCCUAAUAAUCCCCGCCGCUGGAUUAAUGAUCCCCCGGAGCCCGCCAAUCGUGUUUCAUAUGCGCCCAAAGACUUUCUGGACAGCUAUUAUGAGUCUAACGCGCGGUCCGAUUGAUGAGAUGGGGCUGGACAUAACACCGGCCAAGAGACCAGGCCAUGCCCCGACCCCUUCGCCGGGGGACUACUCGUAUUCCCCGAAUGGGGUGGAUCCUAUGCGCUCCCAAUCUCAGCCAAAUUUGCAACACGGAGGUAGUACCAAUCAGUUUGAAAAUGCAGGUUUCCAGUUUGACAUUCCCGGAGAAAGUUCACACGCUCCCGCUUUUGAUCACCCAGGCUCUGCUGGGUACGGACCGAAUGGUUAUGAGGAUUAUGCCGGUUAUUCACAUGGACCUUCCCCGACCCGGACCAACCAGCCAGGCUAUACCCACGAUCAGGUCGAGAUGUCGGAUCCCCACCAGAAUCCCGAUGCGCUUCCUCACCACCCAGCUCCCUUCCGCCCUGGUCAUGAUCAGGCAUCAAAACCUGCGCCGGUCCGGCAGUACAGCGCUCCUGAAUCCACUCCAGCCCCUGCUGCUCCACAGCCAAUGAUGGCGCCCAGUGGAACGCCUCAGGCGCCUGUCACAAUCCAAGAGAUACAGCAGCUGCAACAGAAGGCGCGAGCUAAUCCGUCCGAUAUGAAAACUCAACUCAUUCUGGCCAAAAAGCUGGUCGAGGCAUCCACGGUUCUGAUAGGGGAUGACAGCAGACUCGAUCCUAAAACCAAAGCUAAGGCCAAGGAGAAAUACCUUGCUGAUGCACUCAAGAUUGUCAAAAAGCUUGUUGCGGCCGGGUACUCCGAAGCCCAGUUCUAUCUAGCCGACUGCCACGGCGAGGGCUUACUGGGACUGGAAGUCGACCCUAAGGAAGCUUUCUCGCUAUACCACUCUGCUGCGAAGCAAGGACACGCACAGUCUGCAUACCGCGUGGCCGUAUGCUGCGAGAUUGGCCAGGAAGAGGGCGGUGGUACCAAACGUGAUCCAUUCAAGGCCGUUCAAUGGUACAAGCGUGCCGCUGCGCUCGGUGAUACACCUGCUAUGUACAAGAUGGGUAUGAUUAAUCUAAAGGGAUUGCUGGGUCAAGCCCGGAACCCUCGGGAGGGUGUAUCGUGGCUCAAGCGAGCGGCUGACCGUGCGGACGAGGAAAACCCACAUGCGCUUCACGAACUUGCCCUCAUGUAUCAGAAUGCCGGUGGCAAUGACAUCAUCGUCCGCGACGAACAGUAUGCCUCCCAGUUAUUCCAUCAAGCUGCCGAGUUGGGCUACAAGUUCUCUCAAUUCAGACUUGGUACUGCCUACGAGUACGGCCUGAUGGGAUGCCCCAUUGAUAACCGCAUGAGUAUCAUCUGGUACACUCGCGCCGCGGCCCAGGGUGAACACCAGAGUGAACUCGCCCUUAGUGGAUGGUAUCUCACCGGAUCAGAGGGGAUUCUAUCGCAGAACGACACCGAGGCCUACCUGUGGGCUCGUAAGGCCGCUACCGCAGGUCUUGCCAAGGCUGAAUAUGCUAUGGGAUAUUUCACCGAGGUCGGAAUCGGUGUCACUGCGAACUUGGAUGACGCAAAGCGAUGGUACUGGCGCGCAGCUGCCCAAGGGUUCCCCAAGGCCCGCGAGCGUCUUGAAGACCUCAAGAAGGGUGGAAGCCGAAUGCAAAAGACUCGCCUAUCACGCUCGGCUGUCAACAAACAGAGUGAUGGGGAUUGCGUUCUCAUGUAA